AUGGUGUGUUAUCGUGGUGUAAAACGCCCUAUUGAGAUCAUAUACAAGAGUUUAAAUAGCUCUAUAUGUUGCGGACGUGGCUACUCUACUUCGACACAUAGAGGAAAUUCCGUUGCUGAGUCCAAAGGAUAUCUUUACAAACAUGCGGAUGGACCUAGAACAUAUACAAUGUCUAUUAGGAGAUAUUCAGCCGAAAUUUCCUCGAUGGAGCAGAUGAACUUAAUAAAGCGGCUGAGAGAAAGAACAAGUGCUCCCAUAAAAGAAGUCAAAGCUGCUCUUAUUACUAGCAAUUGGGAUAUUGAGGCUGCUCAGAAGGACCUUAGGAAAAGGGGGAUUGUUCUUGCAUCAAAGAAGUCAUCUCGGACUGCUGCCGAAGGGUUGCUUGCCUUGGCGCAGAAUGAAAAGAAGGCAGCUGUUAUUGAACUUAACUGUGAAACCGACUUUGUUGCAAGGAAUGAAAUUUUUCAAUACUUGGCCUUAUCUUUGGCAAAGCUGGCAUUGCUGCUUGAGGGCUCACAACAGACUUCUGCUGCUAUUCCUCUUGGACUUGAACAUCUGGAGGACUUGAAGAUGAACCUUGACCAUCCUAAACUGAGUGGAGAAAAAAGUGUACAAAAUGCGAUAACUGAAGUAGCUGCAAUGAUGGGGGAGAAUGUCAAACUAAGAAGGGGGUUUGCAAUGUCCACUCCGUCGAUUGGUGUGAUAUCAACGUAUCUACAUACAAGCCCUCAACCAGGUGUGGGACGUAUUGCUGGGAUUUUAUCAGUUGAAGUAGAAGAUCAGAAUGUACCACAAGAUGCCCUUCAGCGUGUUGGAUCAGAAAUAGCAAUGCAUGUAGUUGCUGCAAAGCCACUGUUCUUAACGAAAGAAGAUGUUUCUUCUGAUGCACUAAGCAAUGAACGCGAGAUUCUCAAAUCUCAGGCAGAGAAUUCGGGGAGGCCUCAGAUUGCCAUAGAAAAAAUGGUUGAAGGUCGUAUGCGCAAGUAUUUUGAGGAAGUAGCUUUGAUGGAGCAGAAAUUUGUUGUGAAUGACACAAUAAAUGUAAAGACAUUGAUAAGCAAUCUAUCCAAGGAAGUCGGUUCACCAGUUAAAAUAGGAGGCUUUCUAAGGAUGGAAGUUGGUGAAGGACUUCAGAGGCUUGAAGCAUCGAAUGAAAGUGAACCUUUGGCUAAUGCUGCUUAACAGGAACAACUUUUUUCAAAGUCGUGAGAGACCUGCCUAAGUCACUGUACUGUGAACCUCUACUUUCUAGUUUCUUAUCUUCUGAUUAUAUUCGUCAUGUUAUCAGUGCUGAAUGGAGUCCUUAGGCAAGCUAAAGCUGAAGAGGUUUUGAAUUACAUUUGAAUUUUCAUAAUUAGUGUUAUACAAUAAUAAGGUCUUCAUUGUGUUAUUAUGUUUGUUUGGAUUCACACAAAUUAUUCUUCUAUAGUUGUUGAUUUAUAUGCCAAAGGACGUCCUUGUCUGUAUCUUUUAGCAGAUGCUUAUUUUAAUGGAAAUACCUGACAGAUUCGGACCCGACUGAAGGAAACCCAUGAUAAUAAAUUUGAUAAAUAAGAGGUUUGCAUGAGUAUGAUGUUU